GGGGGGGGUGAGAAAAAGGAAAUCGCAUGACUCGCAUUUGUUCACCACCACGAUCUACGACCUACCUCGCCUUGCCUUUACUUAUUAUCCCGUCCGCCCAUUCCCGGCAUCUGGUCCAACGUUUGAGAUCGAGUGGCUUGUCUUGUGCAGGAGUGACAGUUCGGCUGCAUCCAUCGGUAUUCCAAAGAGACGAGGACUGUGUGUGGCCUUUUUUUUCCCACAGCCAAACGGGGAUAUAUAAGGUAGGUAAAUAGGUAGGUAGGUAGAUAUGAAUGGAUGGAUCAAAGCCAUUCGCUAUGGCGAACCUAUCAUGGGAAUUUUUAAGACUGAGACACGCAACAAGGCAC